AAAGAGGGACGAGCUAUGAAAAAGAGAGGGAGAAGGUAAUAUCCCAGCAGCACAGAGGCUAGACCAAACCAGUAGGAGAGAGGAAGGAUGAGUGGAGGAAAGAUGGCUGAUCAGUGAAGGUCUCUAGAGAGGGACAGCAGAGAGGAGAGGACGGAGAUGAACAGGGAGACGGGGGUGAGCAGCCAGCAGAGGGAACAUCCAUCAGCUCAGGCAGCCAUGCUCUGAGCCCUGGAGCAGCAGGGCUACACAGUCGCUGCACAGGCCCAGCAUCAGGCCUACCUCAGCCCUGCGUCCCAGCCACAAACACCAGGGCAGGGACAAGAGAAGAUCCACCACAAAUCAGCUACCCGCAGGAGCCAUGAGGACAUCCAGGAAGGGCAGCGUGGAGAUGCCUGCAUUUGUGCGGCAGCUGGUGAAAGAGACAGAGAAAAAGAUGAGCUCUUUCUUCAAGGGGAGCCGUGGAGGAGGAGCAGCAGAGGGGGAGAAGCCCGGGGAGGGGGAGAAGGAGGAGGUCAUCCCCAGCCCCUACCUGGACCGGCCGGUCCUGGACAAGCUGGCAGAGGAGGGCUGCGCCCGCUGGGGUCUCACCUACGCCCUGGGGAGCAUGCAGGGCUGGAGGGCCAACAUGGAGGACUACCACAACUGUGUGCCACAGCUGGGUGGGGAGUUUGCAGACUGGAGCUUCUUCGCUGUGUUUGAUGGGCAUGCAGGCAGCUCGGUGGCACAGCACUGCUCCCAGCACCUUCUGGGUCACAUCCUAGCCACAGGUGGAAUAGGACCAGAGGAUGACCCAGAAAGGGUGAGAGGUGCCCUCGUCGAAGGCUUCCUGCACACUGACAAGCACUUACACUCAGUGGCACGUCGAGAAGGCUGGGAGAGAGGUGGCACCACUGUGACAGCCUCCCUCAUCUCGCCGUAUUACAUCUACUUCGCCAACUGUGGCGACUCAAGGGCCAUGCUGUGCCGGUCUGGCCAGGUUUGCUUCUCCACUGAGGACCACAAACCUUACAACCCACUGGAGAAAGAGCGUAUUGAGAGCGCAGGCGGCUCAGUGUCCCUCCAGAGGAUCAACGGUUCCCUGGCAGUCUCCCGCGCUCUGGGAGACUUCAGCUACAAGGGGGCAGAGAACAGAUCGCCCGUCCAGCAGAUGGUGUCCCCGGAGCCAGAGGUGUUUGUGGUGGAGCGCUCUCCAGCAGAUGAGUUCCUGGUGCUCGCCUGCGAUGGCGUGUGGGACACCAUCAGCAACGAGGAGCUGUGCGCCUUCAUCCAUAACCGGCUGAGCGUGUGCACUGAUCUGAGGGAUGUCUGUACUCAAGUCAUUGACCUCUGUCUCUACAAGGGCAGCCUCGACAACAUCAGCAUCAUCCUGCUGUGCUUCCCUGGAGCCCCCCAGCUGUCAGCAGAGGCAUUACACCAGGAGGCGGAGCUGGAUGACCUGCUAGAGUCCAAAGUGGCAGAAAUCUAUGAUGAGUUGUGUGCCAGGGGCGAGGAACCUGACCUGCUGUCUGUCCUCACAGUCCUCGCAUCCACCGUCAUACCUGGAUUACCACCAGGGGGAGGAAUACAGAGCAAAAGAAACUGCAUUAUUUCUGCCUACUAUCAACAAAGAGAGAUGCACGGGCCAUCAGUACCGAAUGGAGGCUCCUGAGAAGCUCCACUGGGUCUCAUCUCCGAGGAUCCGUGGAGGGACUGUAACUAAUGUUGAUAUUAGAACUGUUUUCUUCUUUGUGUGUGCAAUCUGACAAAAAGGGAGAUGGUAAACAGACGGGGGUGUUUGUUUACAUCAUGCUAAACAAGUAGAAUCUUGUCACAACAAAUACAAUGCAAAAAUAGAUCUAAAGCCUAAUAACUUUAUAUUUAUAUGAGAAGGACAUUUUGUAAAAACUGAACUCAGAAACUCUGACCCAGCAACAAACCUCUGCCUCAUAUUCAGUGAACAGACAGUACAGAUGACAGCCUGUAAAGCUGAAUAAUAAUCAACUGUGAAAUUGUCCAUUUCCAUUGGAUAAAAUAAGAAGUGUUAGUACAGGUCGGGUUGUAUUUUAAAUAUAAUGUUUUAUGAAUAUGUAUAUCGAAAGAAUUACUCAAAAUAAAACUUCUAUUUGCCUUUCACCUCCGGAAAGAAAACUGUUGUCAUUGAUAGUAAAUAUGCAGCUAACAUGCAGUAUUCAUUGGUUACUGCAGGGAAUGCUACCAGCUGAGCAGUUGAUGUAAGUGCACAAAUGUAUAUAUUUUUUUCCCUGUUGUUAGAAGUGAAAGGCAAAUAAACAAUGAGAUAAGUAUUUUAUCCUGACGAGUGAGUCUCGACAUUCAGAUUGAGAAAAAUUACAUUUCACAUUUUAUCUCAAGAUAACAAAGAUGUUUUCUUUCACUUUUUUUAGUUGCCUG